CUAUCGCCUGCCCUAUCGCCCUAUCGCCCUAUCGCGGCUGUGCCUUAACCACUAACCCGCUGGCCGCUAACAACUGCCUGCCGCCCUCGACUAUUCACUUCGUUAAACACCACGGUUGAAUUUUGUCUGCAGUAAAAUCAUAUCAAAAUGGCAGAGAUAAUUGAUGAGCCCAUCCAGCUCUCAUUCCCCCUGCCGCGGUCUUUGGAUACGAGGAUUCAUCUGCGCUUGACCAUCAAGUCAAAAGUCAUCAUGUUAUUUCUCACAACUGUAGCUGCAGAUGAGGAAGACCAAUCAGUUCCAAUGGGAUCUUUCGUCUACGCUUUGCCUGACAAAUAUAACCCAAGCCAGCCGCUUUCAACAACUAUCUUCGCUGUAGAAGCAACGCUAGAGUUUACUACUCGCCUGGCCAAAAUCCUAGUCAAGAAAACACAAAUGCCAGUGUAUGUGGGAAAUUCCAUCAGCUUUGCCAAUACCGGACUGGGAGGCACGGUAGAGGAGGAAAUGGAAGCUCUGAAAAGAGUUGUUGAUAUUUCACUUGAUAAACUCCAAGGCGUUGUCAAAUCGCCUGGCGUCCUACCAAACGGAACGGGUAGUUCUUAAGGACGCCCCUGAGAGCAGAUACAUACUCUCUUGUGCAGAAUCUCAACCUCUGACCACGGCAUUUCGAAAACAAAAUCAGGUAUACGAACUGCUUGAAAGGUCAUCCAGCGUCUACCAGCAUAUGAGCUUCUAGACACCGAAAACUCAUACUAAGUAAUCCGUCGAGAGGGUUGCCCGAGCAUCGAGUGUCACAUUGAUCAACGGACUA